CGAAAGAAGAGAGGAACCCAACCUAAGUGUCUACUUGGGAAUACAAAGUACUUCCAUUGUCUAAGAGGCACUUCCUGCUGGGCUGACACCGUCUGACUUAAGCUUGCAAAUCUGCUGCACACCCUCCCGUUCUGCACCGCACUCCUAUUUGGCUAUCAUUUGCCUUUCGCAUAUCUGGGGAGCCCAACGAUCGACAACUUUCCCGCUGUUGUGUGUUCCGCGUCACCUGUUCCAAGCAUAAGCAACUACAUACAUUUGGUGAGAUAGCCUCUUCUCUCUGGAACGGAACAUCGUCACUACAGAAAUAGCUUUCCGCACUGCCCUUGACCGCCAACUCUUUUUUUUUUUUUCCUUCUCCCCUUCCCGACGAGUCUCCCCGCUUACCUCCGUUUCCCCAGGUAACCCUCCGCUGCGAACUGCAACAACAAUCAUCGCCACAACAAAGCCUCACCGCGAUACCAUGUCCGCUGCUACAGCAAAGAAACCGCCCGCUGCGGGCGUCGGUCGCGUUUCCUCGACAGAUUCUGCAUCAAACCCUUCUGCUUCUCCUGCGAGAACGCCAACGCGAUCCUCCACGCCCACGGCUGCUUCUGCUGCGCGCAGAGCACCAGCUCGCUCAGGAACUCCCGUUUCCGCUCGUGCAGCUGCAACAAGGCGAGACUCUGUCCUGAGCAACAGCAAUGGCAACGGUAGUUCUGAGGCCGAGGAGGCUGCGAGAGCCGAAACCCUUGCGCUAUUGGACGACCUAAAGGAACGCCUUUCCAAGGCCGAAAUCUCCUCUGAUCAGUACAGGAAACAGGUCGAAGUGCUGCAGACGAGAUUAGACGAUGCAAUCAAGGAGUCUUCCAAGUUGGAGGAGAAGGUGCACGAAACUGAAGAGCAGAUUGAGUCGCUGAAAAAUGAGAAGAGAGAUGCCGCCAAGAAGAUGCGAGAGAUGGAAGCAAUCUACGAGGCCGAGCGAAGCUCCAUGACCAAGGAGAAGGAAGAAAUGUCCAACAGAGAGGAGGAGAUGCAGACCAUCAUCCAAAGACUGAAGGACAACUUGUCGCAGCGAAAUGAUGAGGAGGGCCGUCCUUCAAGACAAUCAGCAGCAACAUCUCCCAACGUUGACAACGGCAGUUUCGCCCCUCCUUCGUCCCUCAACCGCAGCGAUUCACGAAACAACUCGAAGCUUUUGCUCCAGAAGGACAAGCUGAUCGAAUCCCUGCGGCUCGAACUUGCCGAGGCUCAAAUCAAGCUGGUCGAGUCUGAGAACCAGGGUGGCGGCAGACUGCAGGAGGUCGAACGCCUGCUGAUGGAAGCCCGCAUGGCCAAUGCCCGCCUCAUGGAGGAUAAUGAGAGCUACCAAUUGCUUCUCCAGGAAAAGACGCUCAAUGGCGAUUUCUCUAAGAAUGAUUUCAGCUAUAUGGGUGUUUCCGCCAACCAGGAUGCGCUCAACGCGCUGGAGGGCCGAUCCGGAGGCGCAAGCUUGGCAGAUGAGCUGUCCGAGGAUGCAUCAGAUGCCGGUGGUAACGACAACGAGCAUUCCCGCCGCCUCGAAUCGGAGCUCAAGUCCAUGAAGGACCAGAAUAAGGCGUUGACCCUUUACAUCAACAAGAUCAUUGAAAGGCUUCUGCAGCACCAAGAUUUCGAGCACAUCUUGGAUACCUCCACCGAGAUCAAGCCGGCUGCAAACACCAACAAAGAUCUCCCCGCUCCGCCGAAGGAGGGCGCGUCCGGAGCGUCGCUAUUGCAGCGAGCCAAGACUAUGGCCGUCGGCCCGAACAAGCCCAAACAAAGGCCCAUGUCUUACAUGCCUUCGGCCCAACCAGCCAACUCGGCACAUACGGACCCAGAGACGGCACCUCGCAUUCCUAUCGGGAAUAUGACCCGUUCCUCCAGCACCCGCCGUGCGCGCCCGAUGAGCGAGCAGUUCACUGGUGUUAACCUCGUUAAUCAGAUGUACCGGGGACCGGAUGGACCUAUUUCCCCGCCGCUCGGCUCCCCUCGUACUCCGCGAACGUCGCAGACCUUCUUCGGUGGCAACCCCAACGCAGCCGCGCGGGCACCCAGCGGUCAGCAAGCACCCACAGCAGGUAACUUCCCCGGCAUGCGCAGCGAGACCUCGAGCACCAGCGGCGACUCCAACGACCUCACUGGUACGCCUCCCUCGCAGUCCCCUCCGCGGUCUCACCACGAGAAGCAGACCACUUUCGCUGGCAACAAGCCCCGUCCUCUGCGCCUGGUGCAGGAGAACAACGAGGCCAAGCAGGAGAACAAUAAGCGAUCCAGCUGGAUGGGCUGGGCCUCCGGCUGGGGCAAGAAGGAAGAGGGCGCCGCUGCCCCCGGAUCCAACGAAGCCAUCCCCGAGUAAUCGGCACAUACUGACGCCGUUAUGUUUAUGACCUCCUUCUUUGCUUUGCAUCGCAUAGAUUUCUUCCCUCUUAUCCAACCUCAUCUUAGUACCGGACUUGGGCAUUGUUGGAUAAGGAAAGCAAAAAAGAUACACGACGGGAUACCCCCUGAUCUGCGCUGCUUGGUUUUCUCUAUGCACACGGGGUCUCGGUUGGCAUUUGCGGGUAGUGUACGACGAAAUAUUGGGUCUGGAGGCGCUGUCCAUUUUGUGGAUACUAUUGUUUGGCUUCUUUCCUCUUCUUAUGGCUAUAUGUUUAUGCCUUUCUAUAUUUUGGGUAUCAAACACUACACUAUAUCUACUCUUCAGUUUUCACGGGGGAAAGGGAGACACGCAGGGACAUUUGUAUGGACUGCUGGAGAUGGAUGUGGAUGAUUGACAUGGAGAGGGGAGCUUCCCUGGCGGUGUUUUGCUUCUUCUUCAAUCAUGAACAGGCAGCAUUACCUUGAAUGGGUGCUGGAAACUUGAUGACAAGCGUCUGCUACUACGAUAUGGCUUUACGGAUGUAUGAGUCCUUUUGGCUAUGGCCGGGCUAGACGCAAUGUUGGAUAGAUACAUGAGUAAUGCUAAG